AUGGAAGACUACAAGGUGAUGGGACGCAAGGAUGAGGAAACUGCUCGCUUACGGGCUGAGGCUGAAGAGUUAGUGAAAGCUGCUCGUGAGGGUGCGAAGCAGCUUCAAAGGGAGAAGGCUGCUUUUGAGAAGUAUAAGCAGACUGAGGAGUGGGCUGAGCUGACUAACGUCAAGGCAGCAAAUGCUGCAUUGGUUAAGGAGAAGGCCGCAGCUGAGGCGGUUGCCCAGGAGGCCAAGGAGGCGGAGGCCCGCACUGUCAAGGCUCUUGAGGAGGCAAAUGCUGACCGCACCAACUUAAACAAAACUGUUGAGGGCCUUCAGAACCGUGUGACCAUUCUUGCGAAGAUCACUGCCCGCGUGGCCGAGGCUGAAGCUCCGGCAAUGGAGGCUGCUGAGGCUAGAGAUAGCCUGACUUCUUCCUUUGAGCAGCUGAAGGCUGAUCGUGAUUGGAUGCGUGAUCACGGUAUCGGGCAUAUUGUUGGAGCUAUCCUUGACGCACCUGAGAACGCAGCUGCUAUAGAGGAGCUUAAGCAGCGUGCGCGGGAGGCUGGUUUUAAAGCUGGCUAUAACCGAUGUAUCAGCCAUAUGAACCUUUUAUCCCAAGGCAAAUGUUAUGGGUGA